GCUAAGUCAACCUCUCAGAAAUAUCUGCCUGCUUUGCACCCACAGAAAAGAACUCAGAGGUGAAUUCAAGGGGCAUGCGCUUUGUUUCCGGCACCUUCAAGAACACAAACACCCAAGAAAUGGUGUGCAAGACCAAUGGAGGUGAGUAUGAUAGGCAAUGUGUAAGUGACAAUGACGUCUCCAAUCCAAAAUGUGAGGGCACAUAUGGGGAUGCAGAGGCCGCGAACGCAAGUGGGGAAGAUCUCGGAGCAAAGAAUGUUAGGAAUUGGUCCAAAGCCCAUGACAAAGCAGCAGAAGUAGACCACCACACUGAUGGUGGAAAUUGUUGCAUUGACAACAGAACCCAUAUGGACAAGUUGUCCGAAACUUAAUUCUAGGAGAGUCCCCGUCAGUACAGGCAGCGUCGUCAACAACAGUGACCUGCAAUGGAGACAGAAGAGUAUAAAGAUGAAGGGAAAAGUUCAGGCUUUGAUUAGUGGCACAAAGGGACAACUAUACCUUCUGCCAGUGGCAUCCAUUAGUCUCAUGGCAAUGCCUAUGGAUGGAAGCAUCAUCAACAAGGUUGUUAGAGCACUUACGAGAAUAGAGGCAGAGGUGGAGCUAAGGCCCAAAUUUGAUAAGAGAAUUGCAACCCCUGCUUGCUCAAGAAUCUGAGGAGUGUAAUAUAGAACCCCAUUUAUGCCAGAAAACUGCAAGGACAAAAAACAACCGAGCAUUAGAGCACGGAGGAAAAACAAAAAUUAUCGAAAUUAGAAACUAUUUGUACCAACUUACUCCAUAGCACUAAAGAAUUUGCAUUGCUACCCCAACAACUAAAAAAGUGAUAUUGGCUGCUAAUCUUGUCAAAAAGAUGGAUUUUCAUUAAAUAAAUAGCACCAUGCCAGUCUAAAAUGGGUUUUGCUCGGUUUUCAAGAUGGGUCUUUUAGCACCAAAAAUUGUAAUUUGGCUUAAAUAGACCCCACCACAUGUGGCAAACACUGGACAGGAGCAAAACUCAGGUAGUGCGCUCUCUCCCUGAAAGUCUCGAACGGAGAAAUACCCAGCUAGCAAUGGAAAAUGCAAAGAGAGAAAUAUGCUUAAAGCGAGAAAUUUGAUUUCUCUGAAAAAACGAAAUUGGGGUCUAGAACAACCAUCACAAGCACCCAGAAGUUUUUGUUUUGGUGGUGAAAAAGCACCCAGAAGUUGAAGAAAGAGAAAAAGUGGGGUUUUUUUGUUUUGGUUGUUUUGCACUUGCAGAAAAAGCGGAAAACUUUAUUAUUGUGUUGCUUUGUAGAGAAAAGGGUUUGUAAUGGAAGGAGGGUCAAGCCACAACUUCGUUCCUCCUUCAGCUGGUUUUGAUAAGUCAUGUGUUUUGGAUGUCAAACCUCUGCGUAGUUUGAUUCCAGUGUUUCCAGAUGCGUCUCAGGCCCCUCCCUUUGCAUGCAUGCCUCCCUUCGGCCAUAGAUAUUCUUCAUUUUACCCAUUUCAUGUACCACAAGGCUCUCGAACCUCACCUAAUCUCAAUAGUGAGAAUCCUUCCCCAAUGAGGACGACGGGUCUCAUGCCCGCUCCAAUUCGGUCAUACAGAGCCCCCGCCCCAUCUGGGCCACUUGGAGAAAGAGGUUCAUCAAUGGGUGGGGCAGAAGAUGAGGAUGGGCAUUUUGAUGCUCAUCUAGGUUCUAGUUCAUCAAGAAAGAAGACUGUGAAAGUUAGUUCAUCUCGAAAGAAGAACAAGAAAAGUAGAGAUGGUGAUUCAUUAACAAACAAUGGGUCGGGAGUGAACUUUGUUUCUGUUAUGACUCCAUUUCAACUAGAAGACGGUAACAGGGAGUUGGUUAACUAUGUGCUCAUGAAUUUUGAUGCAUUGCGGAGAAGGAUCUGCCAAAUCGAAGAUGCCAGGGAAUCGAAAAAUGUGCUUGCACAUUUGAAAGCUGGUAACAUUGUGAUGAGCAAAAAGAUUCGAACAAACAUGAGGAAGAGAAUUGGGGUUGUGCCUGGAGUUGAGAUUGGCGACAUUUUCUAUUUCCGAAUGGAAAUGUGUGCAGUUGGAUUGCAUGCUCCGCCAAUGGCUGGAAUUGACUUCAUAUCUGGGAAGGGUGAUGCUGAAAAAGAUCCAUUGGCCUUAAGCAUUGUUUCUUCAGGAGGCUAUGAUGAUGACACAGAGGACAGUGAUGUCUUGAUAUAUAGUGGUCAGGGUGGGUAUACCCAUAACAAUAAGCAGGUGGCUGAUCAGAAGCUUGAAAGGGGUAAUCUUGCUCUUGAGAGGAGCUUGAAUCAUGGCAAUGAAGUCCGAGUGAUUCGUGGUGUGAAAGAUGAGGUUAUUUCAACAACAAAGGUCUAUGUGUAUGAUGGCCUAUAUAAAGUCCACGAGUCAUGGACAGAAAGAGGGAAAUCUGGUUGCAAUAUAUUCAAGUACAAGUUAGUGAGGGUGCCUGGGCAGCCUGGUGCUUUUGCAGUUUGGCAAACUAUUCGUAAGUGGAAGGAUGGUUUUUCGUCAAGGGCUGGACUUGUUCUUCAAGACCUCACUUCAGGGACUGAACCUAUACCUGUUUGCCUUGUAAAUGAGGUUGAUAACGAGAAGGGGUUGGCUUCUUUCACGUAUUUUCCUAAACUGAAAUAUUCUAAAUCUUUCACUUCAAUGCCGCCUUCUUUUGUCUGCAAUUGCCACAAUGCAUGCCUCCCAGGUGAUAUGAAUUGCUCUUGCAUUCAGAAAAAUGGAGGUUCUUUUCCUUAUACUGGCAAUGGGAUCCUAGUCAGCCGGAAGCAAUUGUUACAUGAAUGUGGUCCUACAUGUCCAUGCUCUCCCAACUGCAAAAACAGAGUAUCCCAAACUGGUGUAAAAUUGCGCUUGGAAGUGUUUAAGACAAAGGAUAGGGGCUGGGGCCUCCGGUCGUGGGAUUCUAUUCGUGCUGGUACUUUUAUUUGUGAGUAUGCUGGUGAAGUUAUUGAUGAAGUGAAGUUAAAGCAUAAAGGAGAUGAAGGUGAAGAUGAUGAAUAUAUUUUUGAUACAGGCCGUAAUUAUGACUCGUUUAAGUGGAAUUAUGAACCAGGACUACUAGAGGAGACUUCUAAUGACAUAAAUGUGGAUUAUAACAUCCCAUAUCGCCUAAUCAUAAGUGCCAAGAAUGUUGGGAACGUAGCUCGGUUCAUUAAUCACAGUUGCUCACCAAAUGUCUUUUGGCAACCGGUUCUAUAUGAACACAACAGUCAGUCUUGUCUUCAUAUUGCUUUUUUUGCCAUCAGACACAUUCCGCCCAUGACAGAGUUGACAUAUGAUUAUGGCAAUUCAUGUUCCAAUGAAGCUGACAAUGACAAUGGAUCCCACCGGAAAAAGAAAUGCUUAUGUGGAUCAUCAAAAUGCCGGGGUUAUUUUGGUUGAUUAUGUAGGUUAUAAAAUAGACAGCCGGUGCCAAGAAACAUGAUCCUGGCUAGUAAGUAUGUAACUUCACCAUGUUUUAAUGUUUUUGAACUUAGUGUAACUGUGAUUUUGUUGUUGUUGAUCUUUCAAUCUGCGGUCAAUGGUUAAGGUUCUAGAAACCGUUAAUCAUGGUGCCGACAAACAUGAUCCUGGUUAUAAAGUUUGGAAUCUCCAUCAUGUUUAUAUGGUUUUGAACUUUUAUGUUGUUUGUUUA